UAUAAAGCUCUGAACUGCUGAACUCUCCAGCACUUCUCUCAGAAUGGAGUCUGUACUGAGAUAUCUGGACUGGACGUCUGUGGGCUUUGCCCUGCUGGGUGGUCUUCUCUCUCUGGUUCUGCUGGAGAUUUUCAGGUUAAACUCCUCCAGGAGACGCUUCCCCCCCGGACCCAAACCUCUACCCUUUGUGGGAAACCUGAUGCAGCUCUUUCAGAACCCAAUGGACCUCGUCAGAUCGAUGGAGACCUAUGGUGAGAUGUCCUGUCUAUACCUGGGUGGAAGGCCAAUAAUUAUGCUAAAUAAGAUGGAGAUUGUGAAGGAGGCUUUCGUUCAUAAUGGAUCUGUGUUUUCUGGAAGACCACAUGUGCCAAUAAUGGACUGGAUCACUGAAGGGUUGGGUAUUGUGAUGGCCCCUUAUGGUAAUGCUUGGAAACAGCAGCGCCGGUUUGCUCUGCACACUCUGCGUGAUUUUGGUCUGGGGAAGAAAAGUGUGGAGGAGCGCGUGGCUGAGGAGGCACGAUACCUUGUUGAAGAGAUGCUAAAGCAUGAAGGGAAGGCUUUUUUUCCUAUCCAUCCUAUUAUGAACUCAGUCUCCAACAUCAUCUGCUCCAUCGUCUUUGGAGACCGCUUUGAUUAUGAAGACAAGCGCUUCGCUCAUCUGCUGAAACUUAUAAAUGAGAACAUUUGGCUUGCUGGAUCAAUAGUAGCACAGGUCUUCAACUUGGUUCCCUUCAUAAAACACUUUCCGGGGCCUCACCAGAAGAUCUGGAGAAAUGCCUGUUCUUUGAAAGGCUUCAUUCGUGAGGUUGUAGAGGAACACAGGAAGACUCUGGACCCAGAAAACCUGCGGGACUUCAUUGAUGCGUACCUGGUGGAGAUGACCAAGCAAGAGGCAAAGGAAGAAUCUACAUUCCAUGAAGAGAACAUGAUUAUAUCCACCUCUGACCUUUUUCUUGCCGGGACCGACACCACAGCUACCACUCUUAGAUGGGGCCUCAUUUACAUAAUGGACCACCCUGAUGUGCAAGAGCGCUGUCACGAGGAGAUAGUUCAGGUGCUGGGUUUUGAUCGUUCUCCCUGCAUGGACGAUCGUGCACAGCUCCCCUACACUCACGCCACUGUUCAGGAAAUUCUGCGCUGUUCCAACAUCUCCCCUUUUGGUGGAGUCCACGAGACCACACAACAAACACAGCUGCAUGGAUACCACAUCCCAGCGGGAACACAGGUUUUGGCUAAUUUUACAGCCAUCAUGAGUGACAGAAACCACUGGAAGUAUCCAGAUGUGUUCAACCCAGAGAACUUUCUAGAUGAGAAAGGACAGUUCUGUAAAAAUGACUUCUUUCUGCCAUUUUCUAUGGGUCCGAGGGUGUGUCUGGGUGAGAGUCUGGCGAGGACAGAGCUCUUCAUCUUCUUCACCUCUCUGAUCCAGCGGCUGAAGUUCUCAUGGCCUAAAGGAGAACCUCGUCCAAACAUGGACGGCAUCUUGGGCAUGAUCCGCUCUCCGUUCCCCUAUAAUACAAUCUGCAGCAGCAGGGAGACCACCCACUGAAUUACACCACCAAGACCAGCUUCUGUAUGAGAGAGAGCAGCACCAUUCCUGAAGAACAUUAUCAGCUUUAUAUUUAAAUAUUAAAAUUAAAUCUUAGCAGUAGUAUAUUUCCACUUGACCCUCUCUUUCAGUCUGAGCAACCAGAACUUGCAAGAUGGUGAGCCAAAUAGCAAGCUCUCCAAAUAUUCACUAUGGGUGCAUCCCAAUUGAAUACUAAUUAUUAAUUUCUUUCACCUAUGCCCAUCCUUUAUUUGUAUAUUUUAUAAAACUAAAUCGAUUACUUACUUAACAUAUAUACUAAUUACAAUAUGUAUGGUAAAUAAUACAGUGUAUUAAGAUAUUUUUAUAUAUCUUUCUAUUAAAGCAUGUGUUCUCUCUAUUAUUUGUGCUCUCAUUGAUGCAAAUAUACACAAAAUGAGAUGAAUUUAUUUAUUUGUAUUAUUUAUUUGUAUAUUCAGCCACACCUGUUGGCAGUUAGCACCUAAAAGUUGAUCUUAUUUAAAGCUCUUGGGAACCAAAAAGUUUUCUUCAUUAAACAAAAGUUUAUCCUUUUUCUUUCCUAUUGCCCCCUGACACCCUUUACCUUUUUUGCAUAAAGUUAUCCACACAAAAUAAUAAUGUUUUGUUUUAAGUGAGUUGUGAAAUGUUCAUUAAUUUUAUUAAUGAAUUCUAUUUUAUAAAAGGGGUUUAGGAAAAAAAUAAUAAUUUUAAAGUGACAAAAAUGUUUCUAACAUGUUGGUUUUAUAUGUGUAUUGGAUUUUAAUGUGGAAAAAAAUGAUCACUUGGUUUUAAUAAAACU